CGCAUCUCGUCCUCAUCUUCGCUCCCCCCCCUGCUCAGACUCGCCCCCUGCGCUUUUUCCACUUCCUCUUCCUCUCCUUGGGCAGGCCGCGGAGCGGGCGAAGCGCUCGUGGCGCCAGCCGCGCCCGCGCACGCGCGGGCCUGGCUAGACGAGCAACGCCAUCGCACGCGGGGCCCCCCCCUCCGCUUGCCCUCCGCCGGCCUGGCUUUGCGAUCUACCGAGCGGCCAGCCUGGAUUCGCGGCAGGGCCCCGGCUGGCCGAGACCCUGCAGAUGCAGGUGACGCAGACGGCCUUCACAUCGUCGAAGAUGCCCAAGCACGACUCACACGGGCACGUCAACGGCCACCUCGUCGUGGUAGACAACCCCAUCAACCGGUUCUCAGUGGUGGCGCCCCUGCCGGACGGAUGCGGCUCCGUGCAGUUCGUGAACAAGACGGCGCACAUGCAUUCGCCCAGGUGCAUCCUAGCCACCGAUGCGGGCUACUACAGCCUGCACGAGGAGGACACGUUCGCGUGCAUCGGCAACGUGGUUGGCGACGGCGUCGUCCAGAACACUGAGCCGUUCAACACCACGAACGUGAACUUCGGGGUGCUCAAGAAUGGCAGCUGGGUCAUCGGCUACAUCUCGCCAGAGCAGGUCAAGUCUGGCAUGUUCCAGCAGCUUGUGCAGGGGCUGGGCUGGAUUGUACGCAACGGCAAGAGCUACGUAGAUGAGGGCUGGGAGGAGGCCUACACGGCCGCGGGUUCCAGCGGCGACGAGUACAAGGCUAUGACCUCUGGCAGGACGGCGGUGGGCUGGACGGCGGAAGGCCCUUCCUCAGGUACGACGGGCACACCCACGACCCGUCGUGGGGUGCCACCAUGA